GGGACGAAAAGACCACGUAGAGGUACGAAAAGAAAAUGAAAGAAACAAAAAACACGAGAAAUAAGAGGCGCUGACACGUAACUAUUGAUUAGUAAUCGUGUCAACUGCUUAACGCUUUACUCUCGACACUUGUUCUUUCCUUAGUUUUCCAUCUUUCUCUUUCGAUCUCUUCCUUCAAAAUUCAAUUACAUUUUUGUUCAUCCUUUCUCAUAAUCUAACUUUGUUUUCUUUACUAUUUUUUCUACAAUCACUAUUUCUUUUAUAAGAUUCCGGUUCUAAAUUGAUUCCCAGGAAAUGGCUGGCAAAGAAAUCCUGCAUAAAGUGAAGGAAAAGGUAUGUAUGGUUCCAUCUUCCUCUGAAACUGGAAAAGGGAAGAGUAAAAUUGACAAACAUGUAACUCAUGGGUAUCACACAAUAGUGGGGAAGGCUCAUCACGCAAUGGAAGAUUAUGCUUUCGCGCAAUUUAAGGAAGUUGAUGACAAUGAACUUGGCUUGUUCGCCAUAUUUGAUGGGCAUCUGAGUCAGGAAAUUCCUGAUUACUUGAGGUCUCAUUUAUUUGACAACAUUUUGAAUGAGCCCGAUUUCUGGACUGAACCCGAAAGUGCUAUUCGAAGAGCAUAUCAAGUCACGGAUGCCAAGAUACUGGAGAAAGCUGUGGAUUUGGGAAAAGGUGGUUCAACUGCCGUCACGGCUAUAUUGAUUAAUUGUCAAAAGCUUAUUGUAGCAAAUGUUGGGGAUUCUCGAGCUGUCAUCUGCAAGAACGGUGUAGCAACGCAAUUAUCAGUUGACCAUGAACCUAGUAAAGAAAAAGAAGAGAUUGAGAAUCGUGGUGGAUUUGUCUCUAAUUUUCCAGGUGAUGUCGCACGAGUUGAUGGACAGCUAGCAGUAGCUAGAGCAUUUGGUGAUAAGAGUUUGAAGCGGCAUCUUAGUUCUGACCCGCAUGUUGUUGUGGAGGACAUAGAUGAUGACACAGACUUUGUCAUCUUGGCUAGUGAUGGUAUAUGGAAGGUUGGCUACUCGAGUUUUUCAUUUUAUUUACAAUUCAUGGAUACCUUCUAUUAAAUUCUCUUUCCAGUGACUGCCAUGAUUGUUUACAACUCUUGGGUUGGCAUAUAUUGACUCAUUAGUAUAUUUCUGGUUUGAUAAUUAUGGUUCUACGAAAGUUAAGUCAGGCCAAGCAGUUAAGCAGUUAGUAUAUUUCUUUCCACAUUCAGCAUGUCGUGAAACCUGGACUCAUUGUUAUGUGGAAUUUUGAACAAUAGACAAAAAAAGAUGAUCGGUAUCAUUUGUGCUCCUUGGAGCUCCUGGAGGAAUUCUCUUCUAACAAUCCUGGUUCAAGGAUGUUUUACUUCAUUUAAAUUUAGAGAACUGCUUGGCAUUUAAGAUCACGAUAUCACCUACUACUUUGGUUACAGGUAAUGUCCAAUCAAGAGGCCGUGGACUGCAUUAAAGGUGAAAAGGAUGCCAAGUCUGCAGCAAAGCGCCUUAAUGAGGAAGCCAUUGCUAGGCAUAGCAGUGAUGACAUCUCAUGUGUGGUGAUAAAGUUCAAAUGAUCUAGCUUGCGUGAUUUACCCUAAUUUUGGUAGGUUGUUUUUCGAUAAAAUGCAGCAAGUUCUUAGUUGUUUAGGCGUGUAAUUUGUUUUUGUAAGGUAGUACUUGGAAUCUCUUUAUCUUCAAAAGAACAUGUUGAAGUUGAACAGCUCCCACCCGAUGUUGUAUAUAUAAAUAAUAAAUAAAUGCAGACAGCAGCCUUACACUACACGUUGUAUGUUCUGCAAGUAUAGACUAUUGAAAUAAAGUUUUCGAAUUAGUUAUGAGAUUUUUCUCAUCAUUGGGCUCAGUGAUGAUCAGCUUAAGUUAAUUCAGGAGGAAGAGUGGUGUAUUAUUAGAAAGGGGAAAGGAGAGAUAAGAUCCAAAAUAACUAGAAACGCUCAAGGGGACUAAAGCAAUCAAACCGAAAUAGUCUUACAUUAACUGCUAGGAAAAGAGACUCAAGGAGACUAAAAGAUCACACAAUAUUACAGUUCUUAGAAGAGACGAGCUGAGAAGAUCAUCAAGAAUCUCUUAAACUUGCAAACUAACUAGGCCUAGGCAUCCUUAAUGCGGGCAGCAAAUACGCCAGACGAUGACAGAAGAGAGUAAGCAACUACUGGAGAAUCAGGAAUGGAUAUGGAGGUUACGGUGAUUCUUGGGAAAAACCAUCUGGCCUCGGCCUCUUUCCUGGACUAGCCUGCAUUGAUCAUUCUUGGCUGCAAGUCCAGAUCCUCCGUGGGUUAACCCCUCUCCCCGAGACUCCAUGGAGCUCUUGCGGCGUCGCGCAUUGUGUCCCUCGAGACGCCUCCGGCAGCUUCUUUUUGUAUCAUCAAACUCUGGCAGCUCAUGGAACCUGGAUAAGCCAACAUAAAUAGAGCUAAUGAUCCUCAAAAUUUUAAAACAAGAUAAGAGUUGAUCACAAGAAGGUGCAUUAGCCAUUAUCUGAUUUGCCCUGUGGUAAAGUUGACUCUGAUAUUUAAGAAUUACAAUGUCUGAAUCAUUUCAAAACAUGGUGUUUACGGACAGGGAAUCAUUAUUUAAAACAAUAUUAAGUUCUAUAAUGCACAUUGUCUCCGAAAUCCCACAGCGAGGACCAUAAAAUCGCCUUUUGGAAGACCUACAGUUGUCUCAGAAAAUGCUAAAACAGAGGAGAUUGAAAAGUAGCAAAGAAGUAGCGCACAAGCAAACCAAACUUCCCAAAUUAUCAAAGAGAUACUUUUAGUAUACUAAAAAAAGUGGGAAAUUUUCAUCCAUAUCUUCUGUUAUAAGCCCAAAGAGACACAAAAACAAAAACUUAUACUAGCAAGAAAUUUUUUUUUAAAAAAAAAGAGUAAUUGUGAUGAUAAUAGCUCGGAAAAUAACCUGCUGCAUUGCUGACAGAAUCUCUGUCUCAGGCCAUCAACAAUAGCUACUUGAGCCUUGGCAUGAUGCUCACAGACCCUAUGCCUCUUGUGAUACUUUUUGCAGUCAGUGAGAUCAGCUCCGCACUUCUCCACCUUACAGAUAAGCGGUGGUACACCGCCGCCGCUACUGCCACCACCGGCAGCAGAAGAAGGAACUGUUGACUUCUUGUUUCCAGGAGAGAAUAUCCCACCAUCAAGAUCAAUUCUUUUUUUCUUCAGCUGAACCAUUUCCUCAUCAAUUUCUCGACCCUCUUCCUUAAUUCUCACAACUUCCGCAAAUUCAUCAUCUUCUUCGUCUUCAGUUUCUACUUCAUUCUCCUCAAAUCCCUCUUCUUCUUCUUCUUCCUCUUCCUCCUCUUCCUCUCCCAUGUCCUCUUCCUCUGCUUCCUCCUUGAGUUUGCUGUUUCCAGCAAACUUGAGACUCAAUGUUGACGAUGACCUACCGUGAUGAUGCAUGUGAUCAGUUGAAGGGUUCAUUUUUUUUCUUUCUCCAAUCAAUCGAGGGGGAUGAUGAUCAAUUUACAAAAAAAAUAAAGCAGAAAGAUGGAUAUAAAUCAUAAAGUGUCGAUUUGAAAAAGAAACAGAGUAAUGAAUGAAACAGAAACCAUGCCGAGACAAAAGACUUCAAAAGCUAUUUAGCAGUACAACAUUAUGAGCAGAGCUUUAAGGUUGUGAGGACCACAACUACUUAGCUCUCUCCCUCUUUCCGUUUUCUUGUUUGUGUGUGCAUGUCCUUUUGAUCUCGUCACUGUGUGAC